AUGGAGUCAAGUACUUUGGAUAUAACCACGUGAAGAUGGGAAGAGAGAUAUUUUUGAACAACUGAAAAGUUCUACGACCGACUACAUUUGCAUUUAUCUAAACGCGUUAUUAUUUUUAUAUAUACAUAUAUAUUAUAUUUUUUUACCCUGGAGCUGUUAAAUAGAAUGGCGUCAGGUGCCGGGGACUUCCCGGAAAAGGCAACACUGUACCGGGUUGACCAUCUACUUACUGCGGUGGAGAAUGAGCUACAGGCGGGCAGCGAGAAGGGCGAUCCUACGGAGAGAGAACUUAAAGUGGGGUUGGAUGAGAACGAACUGUGGAAGAAGUUCAAGGAACUCACGAAUGAAAUGAUAGUAACCAAAAAUGGCAGGCGCAUGUUCCCGGUGUUAAAACUGAAUGUAUCAGGGUUGGAUCCGAACGCCAUGUAUUCGUUCCUGUUGGACUUCGUGGCUGUGGACAACCACCGAUGGAAAUAUGUUAACGGAGAGUGGGUUCCCGGGGGCAAACCCGAGCCUCAAGCCCCGAGCUGUGUGUACAUCCACCCGGACUCGCCAAACUUCGGAGCUCACUGGAUGAAAGAUCCGGUGUCGUUCAAUAAAGUCAAGCUCACCAACAAACUCAACGGAGGGGGGCAGAUCAUGUUGAACUCGUUGCACAAAUACGAGCCACGUAUCCACAUCGUGCGCGUCGGAGGGCCGCAGAGAAUGAUCACAAGCCACUCAUUCACUGAGACGCAAUUCAUAGCAGUUACUGCCUAUCAGAAUGAAGAGAUAACGGCUUUGAAAAUUAAAUACAACCCGUUUGCCAAAGCCUUUCUGGAUGCUAAAGAAAGAACUGAUCACAAAGACGUCAUGGACGACAGUGAAAGCCAACAGUCAAGCUAUUCACCCUUGAGUGGCUGGUUCAUCCCGGGCCCACCUGCUAGCCCUCACAGCCAGUUUAGGAGUCCCCUGCCACAGCCCCACGGCUGUGACCGCUACUCCACCUGGAGGAACCAUCGCUCGGCACCCUACAGCAGUCCCUACACCCAUCGGACCAGCUCCCCUACUGGUUACUCAGACAACUCCCCUGGCAGUGUGUCUAUGCUGCCCUCCCAAGAUCACUGGUCCAGUCUGCAGGUGCCGUCCCCAUCCCCCAUGCUGCCCACGCACUGCAGCUCCACUGGGUCCAACUCCAGUCAGUACAGCCUGUGGCCGGUGAGUAACCCAUCCCUGACCCCAGUCUCCCAGUCAGGGUGUAUGUCCAACAGCCUAGGCUCCCAGUUCUUGCACGGUCCCAGUCACAGCCCCUAUCCUGGACUGUCCCAGUCCCUCACAGCGCUCCCUGGUGGAUCGCCUCUGUAUGGCGCCAGCACGGCCACAGAGGGGCAGGACGGUUCCACGCUGUUGCAGUAUGACGCUUCACCGCCCGGUCACACGCGGCUGGUAACAGCAUGGACUCCUGUUACACCUCCUGCCCUGUAGGGGGACACAGAGAGCCACGCAGACGCAUGGCCAGAUGGAAGGAAAGAAAGACAAGCAGACAGCAAAGUACAAUCAAUGUGAACACAACCUUAUUUGAUAGCAACAUGGAUUAUGAUCUGUAGGCGAACCAAAGUUUUAAGGAGUUUGCAUCUGCUCAUAGUUAAGUGUUUGUCUAUGUGAGGAAUGUCUUCAGCUUAUAAUGCAGACCAUGCUAAGUGUACAGAUAAUUACUUGUUCAUAGUGUAAAUAUUAACGAUUAUAUUAUCACCUCUUAGCAGAGGUUAACUGUGUAAAUACAUUAUCAUGUUCCUAAUUUUUCUAAUGAAUUUGUUGGAGACUUUGUGAAUGGCGUUGAACAGAUCAGUCGGGUCAUGGAACCAAUUAAAAGGUGUAUAUAUUCUGUGUUGUGCCAUAUUUUCUUAGAGGUUGGGGAGGUAAUUC